GUCUACCUGCCCUGAAGAAGCACUCGAGUUUGGAAACUGUCAACAGGUAAUGGUUUAGGAUCAUGGCUGAACAAAGGCAACGGGCCCUGUCCACAUCAGGGGAGGCUCUUUACCAAGUUCUGGGCCUUGACAAGAACUGCACCCAUGAUGACAUCAAGAGAUCCUACAGGAAACUGGCUUUGAAAUAUCAUCCUGAUAAGAACCCAGAGAACCCUGAUGCCACUGACAAAUUUAAAGAGCUCAACAAUGCCCAUGCGGUGCUCUCUGACGUCACUAAGAGGAACAUUUAUGACAAGUACGGCUCUCUGGGUCUGUAUGUGUCGCAGCAGUUUGGGGAAGAGAACGUCAACACGUACUUCAUGCUCUCCAGCUGGUGGGCGAAGGGUCUGUUUGCCAUUUGCGGCUUGCUGACAGGUUGCUAUUUCUGCUGUUGUCUGUGCUGCUGUUUCAACUGCUGUUGUGGAAAGUGCAAACCGCACACACCUGGAGAAGAGGAUCCAGAGGUCUACGUGUCUCCUGAAGACCUGGAGGAGCAGAUCCGUACGGACAAUGAGAGAGAUGGCGACACUCCGAUUGUGCUGCAGCCAACCAAUGCAAGUGAGAAGACCCAGCUGAUCGGUGACGGACACAGAUCAUACACCUAAAAGCAAAAGAGUCAAGAUAGAUACUGAUUUUAAAUUUCUGAGCAAUUUUGAGCAUAUUGAUGUCUUUUACAGUAUACUGCUUGUGUUAGGACUGAGAAAACAAAAAUACUCAAUUUCUUAAGCUUUGUUUAACCAUGCUGUUUGUAAAUAACAGAUAUUAUAUUUGU